CUCUUUUGUAAAGCUGCCCCCUUAGAGAUGUUAAUGCAGCUCGGGCUGUCCCCGUGCCGGCUCCUGUGAAGGACGCUGGCCCACAACAGAGGCAGGGGCUUGAGGUGCAUUGUCCCCUCCUGAAGCUCUGACAAAAGGCUGCCCUUUUGCUUUGCAGGGGCAUUCGGGGGGCCGGAGGCUGCUGUGCGAGAGCUUCGUUCGCAGGAAGGCGAGCGUGGUGGGCGAUGGGAUGGGUGAAGCUGAGCAGGACCAGUAUGAAGCCCGUCUCAAGGAGCUCUUCGACAGCUUUGACAGCACGGGCACUGGAUCCCUGGGGCAGGAGGAGCUGACCGAUCUGUGCCAUGUGUUGCAUCUCGAGGAGGUGGCCCCGGGAGCGCUGCAGCAGACACUGCUUCAAGGCAACCUUCUUGGCAGGGUCCACUUUGACCAGUUUAAAGAAGCACUGAUCCUUAUCUUAUCUCGGACCUUAUCCAAUGAGGAAGAUUUCCAAGAACCAGAUUCUUCCCCGGAAGCCCAGCCCAAAUACAUCAAAGGCGGGAAACGCUAUGGCAGGCGAUCCCUUCCGGAGUUUCAGGAGUCCGGGGAAGAGUUUGCUGAGGUGACCGUGAUCGAGCCGCGGAAUGAAGAAGCGCGGACGUCACACAUCGCCUCCAACGACUGCGAUGAGCACUGGAAGACUCGGGACAGUGAGGAAUAUGAAGCCGAAGGCCAGUUGAGGUUUUGGAAUCCGGACGACUUGAACGCGUCCCAGAACGCGGCGUCCGCUCCCCAGGACUGGAUAGAAGAGAAGCUGCAGGAGGUUUGUGACAAUCUGGGGAUCACCAGAGACGGCCACUUGAACAGGAAGAAGCUGAUCUCCGUCUGUGAGCAGUACGGGCUGCAGGCUGUGCACGGCGAGGUGCUUGAAGACGUGUUCCAUAAUCUCGAACAAGAUGGCACAAUGAGCAUAGAGGACUUUUUCUAUGGCUUGUUUAAAAAUGGAAAAUCUCUUACGCCAUCAGCUUCGACUCCAUAUCGACAACUCAAACGGCACCUCUCCAUGCAGUCCUUUGAUGAAAGUGGGAGACGCACCACGGCCCUGUCAGCCAUGACUAGCACCAUCGGGUUCCGAGUCUUCUCCAGCCUCGACGACGGGAUGGGCUACGCCUCUGUGGAGCGAGUCCUUGACAUGUGGCACGAAGAGGGAAUCGAGAAUGGUCAUGAAAUCCUCACGGCCUUGGAUUUUAGCUUGGAUGGAAAGGUUAACCUGACGGAGCUGACUCUGGCGCUAGAAAAUGAGCUUCUGGUAACCAAGAAUGGAACUCAUCAGGCAGCCGUGGCCAGCUUCAAAAUGGAGAUCCGACACUUACUGGAGCGAGUUGACCAGGUGAUCAGAGAGAAAGAGAAGCUGCGCUCAGACUUGGAAAAAGCUGAAAAACUGAAAUCUCUCAUGGCCUCGGAAGUCGACGACCACCACGCUACCAUCGAGCGCCGGAACGAGUACAACCUCAGGAAGCUGGAUGAGGAGUACAAAGAGCGAACCGCGGCUUUGAAGAACGAACUCCGGAAGGAGCGAGAGCAGAUCCUGCAGCAGGCUGGCAAACAGCGACUGGAACUGGAGCGAGAGGUUGAGAAGGUGAAAACAGAAGAGAACUACGUCCGCGAUCGGCUCACCCUUUCCCUAAAGGAAAACAGCCGUUUGGAGAGCGAGCUGUUGGAGACUGGACAGAAGCUGGCGGAGUCUGAGAGUCUGAUGAGCAAACUGCAAAGGAACCUGGAGAACGUAUUGGCUGAGAAGUUCGGCAACCUCGACCCCAGCAGUGCUGAGUUCUUCCUGCAAGAGGAGAGAUUGGUCCAAAUGAAAAACGAGUAUGAACAGCAGUGCAGGGAGCUGCAAGACCGGAUCGAUGAGCUCCAGGCUGAGCUGGAAGAGUAUCGUGUUCAAGGCAGAAUAUUUAGGCCGGCUCUGGAGUGCUCGCUGCAGGAGGAAUUGGACAGUAAAAAAGAGGGGGACGGUGGUGUGGAGCCUGACCAAGGACUUGGGUCUGACGAUUGCAACCUGCUGAAUAUGAGCCUAGAAGCAGAAAUGGUCAUUGAACGACUGAAGGAGCAACACCAGAAGCAGCUGCAGCACCUGGAACAGGAGCUCACAGACACGAUAAGCCAUUAUGAAAAACAACUGAUUGAGACCAAGGCCUGUUGUGAAAAGGAACAAGAAAACGUGGCAAAGAAAUAUAACGAAGAGAAGCAAACCAUGGAAAAGCACAUAAGUGCCCUUAAAAGCCAUAUUGAAGCACUCCAGGGAGAGGCAGAAAUGCUCAAAGAGGAACGAGAAAGAAUUGACUGUAAACAUGCUGAGGAGAGAACCAGUUUACAGACCAACUUUGAUACAGAAAAGGCUAAUCUCCAAGAACUGCUGAAGCUAGGGCAUGCGGAAGACCUCCGGAUUAGGCUGGAACAGGUACAAGAAAGUUUUAACCGAGAACGGGAAGAACUGGUCCAGAAUGGGGUGUGGUUGGAAGAAAAGAUGAGAACUCUGGAGCAGACCCUGCAGGAGGAAAAAGGCGAUGUGGAAUGUGUUUUCCGGGAGCAACUGCAAAGCUUGACCGAAAAGCAUGCUGUUGAGAGGCAAGAGCUACAUCGCGAAUUGCUGGAAAAACACCAACAGGAACUCCAAGAAGAAAGGAAAAAAAUGGAAACUGAGUAUAACAGAAGAACAUCUCAAAUGGAAACUCAGUUUUCUAUCGACAGACAAACAAUUGUGAACAAAUAUGAAGAAGCCUUGCAGAAUCUUGAAGAACGCUACCAACGAGAGCUGCGAGAACUCGCCGAACAGUGGCACGAGGAGAAAUCUCAGUGGGAAUUUGAAAAGGAUGAAAUAAUCCAGGAAUGCGCUGAGGCCCAAGAGCAACUGAAGGAAACACUGGAGAGCAAAAAGGCCAUUUUUUUUGCGCUAACACAGGAGAAAGAACUCCUAGAGAAGAGCUUUAAGGAACACGUGAACAAGCUAACGUGUGAAAAGGAGCAGCUCCAGAAAGAGCUGCAGGACCUGAGAGAUGCUGCCGAAAAACAAGAGGACGCGUUGCAUAAUAAGUUACGGCAGCUACAAAAUGACCAUGAGAGGGAGCUAAAAGACCGAGAAGAACAAAUGUCAGCAAUGGAGGGGAAAAGAAAACUGGUUAGCCAAAGGCUGGAAGUGCUGGCAACUGAAUAUGAGCAAGAGAAAUUCAAGCUGAGUUCCAAACUACUUCACUGGGAGGGUUUGACCCAAGAGACUCAGGAGAGAACAGAAAGAGAGAAGGCAGAGAUGAGUUUGGAAAUCUUAAAGCUGCAGGAAAAAAUAAAGAAAUUGCAGCAGGAAAGGCUUGAUUUUGCCAAGCUGCAAAAUGACUACAAUGCCUUGGCAAAGGAUUAUGCAGAAGUGAAGAGCAAGCUUUCAGCCCUGUCUGGUGUGCAACUGUUGGAAGAGGAUGGAGAUAUUCGUCCAAGCCUACAACAGGUGCAUGAGCAGGCUACGCAGGAAAAUGUGAAUAUGGCCCCUGAGAGGGUCGGCUUCCAGCAAAGGUUACAGAUGCUAAAGCCAGGGAAACUUUCUGGGGUUGACUGGUCAAAUUCUGCAGUGGAAGAAUCUCAGCUGCAAGACGAGAUGGAGAAAAUUGAGGGUAAGGUUCUCAAAAGCCUGCAAGAUGGUUGUAAAGAGAUGGACAAGGGAGCAGACUUGCGUGUUGUUUCAUUGUUGGAGGCUAAAACGAAGGCGCUUGAAGAAAUGAUGGAGGCUUAUUCCAGUCUAGAGAAGAUGUGUGAAGACACAAAGGUGGAGAACCAUGCCCUGAAAAACCAGAUUGGCCAGCUUUUGGAAAGUAGACUGAUAGUGGAAGCAGAAUGUAACGAAGCUAGUGACAAGAAUCAAGAUCAGAUUUCCAGAGUAUCUGUGCCGGAAAUGAAAGAGUCAGAGCUUGAGAAAAUCUUUGAGGCGGAUUCCAAGUUGAAGAUGCUACAUGAAGAUGUUAAAGAAGAGACAGGAUGUCUUCAGGAAGAUAGCAAGGCGGCAAAAAUAAAAUCUGAUCAUUCUACUGACCUCAGAGGGCUUUGUUCUGACGUUUCUAGGCAUCAGACUGAACUAAAGAAGCCUGAGGAAAUAACUGUGGUGUCUCUCCAACUUGAAAAGGUCUGUGGUGCAACUGAAGACAAUGGAGAGCUGAACAGUCUAGUCCCUCAGCUUUGGGGAAAGAUUGAAGAGCUAGAAGAAGGAUCAAUGGCAGAAUCCACCCAUCUGUCGUUACAGGAAGAAAUCCGGCUAGAAAACAAGGGCCUGAAAUCUGAACUGAUAAAGUUGCGUGAACAAAAUAAAAAACUAGAAGAGGAUAUACCACAGCUUACAAGCCUGAAGCACAGGUUAGAAGAAAGUAAUCAAGAGAGUGUGCAACUCAGACGGGAAAAAAAACAUCUCCUGGAAAAAGUUAAGGAACUGGAAAACACUCGUGACCGAUAUGCACAGGAAAAGAUAGAGAUGAGCAGUGAGAACUUAAGGCUGCAACGCAGGCUUGGAAAACUGGAAGAACAUAGUUUAAUAUUUAAAGUCCUGCAAGACAAACAUGGGCAAUGUGAGACCACGAUAAAAGGCAUGGCAACGGAGAAAAGAGAGCUACAGGAACUGAACAGGAAGUUGAAAGAGAGAGUCACCUCUCUGGUUAAGCAAAAAGACCUGCAUUCUCAAGAAGAAAAAGAGGAGUUGAAUUCAAUGAUACAUGAUUUGCAAAGCACAUGCAGUGAGCUGCAGCAAAAAGUUGAACUCCUGAGAUGUGAGGCGGAGAGGCUCCGAGAAGAAAAUGCUAUCCUGAAGAAUGAAAUAAGCCUGUUAAAUGAGGAAGGUAGUGUUUCUAACCUGAAAUUAAGGGAGCUAAAUGGAUCUCGAGAAGAAAUGUGGCAAAAAAUCGAGUCUCUAAGAAAGGAGAAGGUGGCUGUGCAGAAGAUGGCUGACAACUUGAGAAAACAGGUGUCAGAUUUGAAAACCAGGAACCAGCAGCUGGAGUUUGAAAAUGCAGAACUUAGCCAAAAGAAUUCGAAAAACCAAGCAGACGUGCAGGAUCUGAACCAACGGCUGGCAAGAUUGCUCAGGCAAAAGGAAAAGGACGUGGGGACGUGUACAGAGGAAGAAUGGGAAGGGGAGAGAUCGAAGCUGAAAGAGGAACAGGAGAACAGUCAAGUGAAGUCGUCAACUCUGGUGUCUUCCUUGGAGGCUGAGCUGGCGACCGUCAAGGUUCAAACUCGCUUACUGGAGCAGGAAAACCAUCUCCUCAGACAAGAGCUGGAGAAGACCAAACAGCUGCCCAGAUGUCCUGAUCUCUCUGACUUCCAGAAUGAAAUUUCUAGUGUAAUAAUGAAAAAUGAAAAGCUGCUGAAAGAAAAAGAAGCCCUCAGUGAGGAGCUAAACAGAUGUGUUGAUAAGGUAGCUAAAGUGAACGUCUUAGAGAAUGUUAUUGCCAGUUUGAAGCAGGAGCAAAAGUCCUGGGAUCAACAAAGUCAGGCACUGAAAACGCAGCUCACAGCCUCCCAAGAGAAGGUCCAGAGUCUAGAUGAAGCUCUACAAAAUACCAACCUUCAAACGUCCUGGCUAAAAUCUGACCUAUGGGUAUCCCAGGAGGAGAAGGAGACUCUUAAACAGGAAGUGAUGUCACUGCACAAGCAACUUCAAAAUGCCAGUGACAAGAACCGGGCUCUGGAACUGGCUGUGCAUUCCUCCGGGCUGCCCGCCCAGCAGAAGCAGCUGGGCUGGGAGGAACUGGAACAGCUGAUCCGACAGGAGCAGCAGCUGCUGAGGGAAGAGAACGAGAGGCUCCAGAGAGAAGUCCAGAACACUAAAACGGAUCUAACACAUUCCCGGGAGAAGGUCCGUCAGCUGGAAUCUGUAAUCCUUUCCAUGAAGCACCAGAAGCAUCAAAGCCAGUCUGGCAUUGUGAAAGCCAUAGAGCAAGAGAAAUUAAGUCUGAAGAGAGAAUGUGAACAGCUUCAGAAGGAAUUGUCCUCUGCGCACAGGAAGAUCAGUCAGAUGAAUUCACUUGAACAUGAAUUGGGAACCAUCAAUUUGGAAAAUGAAGGGCUAAGAAAAAAGCAAGUCAAACUGGAUGAACAACUAAUGGAGAACUCAGUGGUUGGAAGUAGCAGAGAAGGGUGCAGUGCUCUGUCUGAGAGUGUGUGUGAAGAUGCUACACGGGGGCUCCGGUGUGAUGAUUAGCCAGUCCCAGCACUCUCGGGAGCUGCAGCAGCUCCAGCAGCAAGGCUGUGCUAUGGUGCCCAAGGAGCAGUUCCUGCAACUCCAACAUCAGCUACAGCAGGCCGAGAGGAGUCGUCAGCGGCUGCAGGAGGAGCUUGAAAAUAGACCCUCUGAAACAAACAUGCCACAGGUACAACCUCCUUUACUGUGCCGCUUCCCAGUUAGCCAGUGUAUCUGAUUCGCUGUCCUGAUGGGUUCCGUGCUGGGGUGAUCCUUUCUCUGUUUAUGCCAGUUCCAACACCUGGAUCUCUUCCUGCUGCAGCAGUCUGUAUAGCACGCCCUCAUUUGGCAUCUCGUUUGAAACCGUCGCCUUCAGGCUUUCCUACUAACCGUUCCCACCUAGCUAUUACCAGCUUUCCUCCUUGUGAGCUCUGUUUUUGAUUGGACAGUGCACUGGUUUUUUUUUAUAUUUUUAAGAGUGGCCAAGUAUUUAAAGGAGCAAGCAUACAAAUUGCACAUGCAUCUGGGUGGGAAGCAUACAGAACUAGCAAAGUAUAUCACUGUCCCAUGGAGUCCAGUUAAAUUCC